CUGUCAAAGGUAACGGAACGUCAAAAGCGGUGUGUAAAUCGUUCGCUUGGUUGGGAAUCGUGUACUAUUAUUAGAUCGUUUCACCAAACUUGCGAUUUUUUCAAGAUAACCGUGGAAUUCCUAGUGCUAAAAAUAAAAUUAUGCAAAGUUCUGGUCCUAAGCCGGAACGCUAUUAUCAUGAUUUGAUGGUUUUAUGAGAUAUUCAUGUGAAACCGAAGUCAAACAUGGGCGAAUACGGACGCUACUUGUUGUUAUUAUUAUUGUUUGUUGUGGCAUCAUUUACGCGAGCUCAGUCAUUACCGUACGAUGUGCACUGGCUAGGGGGGCCUACUACAAUAGAAAGAGAUGGCUCACCAUCUCUUAGAAAAGCAACAGACAUUUACUGCUACACAGGCACUUCUAAGAACUUGUUUGCUUUGUGGCAAACUGUGAAAUUUCACAUAAGAAUAAGGAAUGACCAGUUCCGUCAAUACUUUGCGGAGAGCCCAGAAGAGGUUUUUAAAGAAUACACUGAAGACAGCUAUGGCUGGUCGUCAGUUGUCAACCCAUUUCAGAGGAAGCCACAGAAAUCUGUGUCUGUCAGCCUUUUCACUCCAACUUGUAUGGCUAUCAACACGAAAGAGAAGCAUACUAUUGAAUUGCAGGUUUUGAGAGUGGACUUAUGGCGCGUAAUACUAAUGGCGGCGGGCGUCGCUCUGAUAUUCUCGUCGCGAGCUCUGUGCGGCAAUCCUGUAUUCUUCUACCUGUGCGGCAUAUUUGUGGGAGUGUUCGCUUCUUUCAUGGUGCUCGUGUAUUAUAUCAGCAAAUUGCUGCCUAGGAAAACGUUAACAUACGGCAUUCUAAUCGGCGGCUGGACGGUGGGCGUGUACCUAUUCCAGCAAGUUUGGGAGAACAUGCGAACGUUACUGCUCACGUACCAAACGUACAUGUUUUGGUACACGCUGGUCAUUAGCUUUGUUAGUUUUCUGGUCUGCUAUAGAAUAGGGCCGCCGAAGAAUGAGAGGAGCAAGAAUAUGGUUAUGUGGACUUUGCAGAUAGUAGGCGUGCUAAUGGUAUUCUUCAGCAGCGAGUAUCAAGAAGCGUCGGCUGCUGUCAUCAUCGCGUCAUUAGUGUCCAAAUACUUCCCGCAAUCCUUGCUCAACAGGAUCCAGGGAUAUUGGCGUCGUAAAUUCCCGCCGAAACCGCGCUUACUGACAAGCGAAGAGUACUACGAAGAAGGUGCUCGAGAAACAAAGAUGGCGCUCGAGAAUCUCAGGAAAUACUGCUCCAGUCCUGACUGUGCUCAGUGGAAGGUCAUGCUCAAGUUAAAUGACUCUAAGAGGUUUGCAAGCUUCGUAGAAGGCAAUUCCCAUUUAAGUGACGACGAAGUUCUAGACUACGAGGCAUACGCCUUCUCUCUCGAACGUACUCGCAAACCAGUUCCCAUGGCCAACUCAACCAGAAACAUGGAGAUAUCUGACGAUGAUACGGACUCGGAUGAUGAUUGAACCACUUUCAAAGUAGGUUUUAUAUUUAAUGUUAAUUUUAAGGCUUUUUUUAAAUCAACUUCUUAAAAGAGAAGUUCUUAAUUUGAAUGGAUUUUUUUUUUACUUUAUGGUGAACGCAUGUAUAUCGGUGUCGAACGAAACGAACUUUUCUUUUUCUUAUGAAACCUUGCCCACCAAUUUGGUCAAAUGGGACCAUUUAUCUAAAAUGCUUGCGAAAAAGACCUACAAAGAUGGGCCCCGAAUAUCUGUACUAACAAAAAUUCUGACGUAUGUGGGCAGUCUAUGUUUGCGAGCCGUGUCGCUAUGCGCUGUACGAUAUAUGCGCGUUUGGCUCUGGUCGACGUGCGUUCACCAUUAAUGUAUUAAUAUUUAUAAAACUGUAGAUAGUCUUUGUGAAUUUGUGACCCGCGUUUUGCCAUGCAAUUUUUAAAUGAUUUCAAUAUUUUAAGCUACCUUUAUUGUGAUGUGCAUAUAUUAAUUUCCAUUUAUUGAAUGAUUAUAAUCUUAGUACAUAUUAUAUGUACUGUUGACAUGUUCUUAUAUAUUAUUAGAUAUUAUAAAUAAUUCAUAUUUUUCUUCAUUUCUUUAGCUUUUUUGUUCUUCAAUUGACACUUAAUUUGAAACUUACUCUUUUUAUUACAAUAUGUACUUUUAACAUCUUAGAUUGGGGUAGCAAUUUCAAUUUCGGGGAAUUUUGAAUAUAUCGUUAUUUCUUUAUGUUCCUACUUCUUUUACUGAUACGAUGUUAUAUUGCCUCUUUUAUAAUAUCUACCGCUGUCGAGUGUCACCAAUAAAAUAAAUGUUUUUUGAUUCCUUGAAUAUAUUAAAUCCCAAUGUGAUAAUCUCAUAUAUCUGUCUUCUGUAAUAUAAAAGAAAGUCAUGUUAGUUACACUACUCAUAACUCAAGAAUGGCUUAAACAUUUAAGCUGAAAAUUAAGAGGGUAGGUAGCUUAGGCCCAGGAGAAGCCAGUUGUCUCGGGACACGGGUGAAACCGCGGGUCGAAGCUAGUUUUUAAUAUUUGUGUUUUAGAUAGGUAUGUAUUUGAUAAUAAUUAUUAAUAAUCUCUCAUUGAAAUAAGAAAGGUUAGUGUUUAAUUUUUGAGAAUUGAUCUCUAUUUUGUAUGAAUUAAACUUUUUUGUGUAACUUAUAUUGUCGUGAAUAGGAGAGUGGAGACCAAUAGUAGAAUAGUAAAUAGUGACAAGUUUCACUAAUACUUUGUAAAAUGAGGUUGCUAUGGCAACAAAUAAACAUGGCAACGUCCUAUAUUAUAAUUCAGACCAUCUGCCAAAACUUUCGGUUGCACUAUUGAGUUUAGUAUUACAAAUAUUAUAAAGAGGAAUGAAAUGUAAUACAAUCAACGGUGUCCACUAAACUUUUCGAGUGCACUCGGGUUUAAAUAUGUAGUAAUAAUGUGUAAAAUAAUCUCGUGUGGCUGUCGCCCCGACACCGGUGACCUUUUUUUUAUAUUUUUAAUCUAGUCUUAUAAAAAUGUACAAUCAGUCUGAAAAGUCUCAUACUUAAAAUGUAUAAAAUAUUGGUAAUUAUUUCAAUUUAGUAUAUUGGGUUUUUGGUAUAUUAAUAUAGAUAAAUUUUGACUUAAAUAUUUGUAUAAAUUCAUUACUUAUUCAAUAAUUAAAGGAGUAACAUUCCUGUAAAAUAUGACAACUGAACAACAUUUUUUUAAAUAAUAUCUUAAAUAAUUUAAAAUAAUAUAAUGUAAUUACGUAUUUAAGUGCACUUAUUUAUACUGCUUUUUGGUAACAAAUUAAAUAAUUACAACAUCUCCUGAUCUGGAAAAAUAACGAUCCUAAAAAAAAAAUUCUUGGAAUUUUAUAUUUUGAAUAGUUAAAUGCAUGUAUGAUUUCGAAUAUUAAAAAUGUAUAAAGAUGAGUUGCACCACUUCACUAUAAUGUUAACCAAACCAUACCGUGUUAUUGGUCAAAUCGCCGACUAUCGUUAAAUGGUGUAACUCACCGUAAGACAUUUAAUAUGUAUUUUUUCUCAAUUUUGAUAACUUGUCUACAGAACAUGUAAGUAAAAAUACUCCUGAAUAUUGUCUAUUCCAUCCAACAAUAGAUUGAUGUCUUUGAAUUGUUAUUAUUGUGUAUUUGAUAUAAAUAAAAGUUUUGGAUUUUGA